AUGCGAAGUGUCUUUAGAAAAAGAAGCUGGGACGCGCGAUACGCCGGUCGGAGACGGAUACGGCAAGCCUUCGAGAUCGAAACCCAACUCAGUAGCGCCAUUCCCAUGAGCGUUUUGGUUCACGCAGGAGGAACUCUAGUGGAUGGCCUGACAUCCAACAAGCUCAUCCUCUUCCAAGACGGCUUCUACAUCGAACUGAUCGCUUCGAACCCCGAAAUCGACCCGGCGCUACCGCACAAGCAUCGCUGGGGUUUUCAUCCCGAAAAUACAAUCAUCGACUGGGCUUACGCGCUGUCGAACGAAAGCGACUUUGCCGCCGUCAAGAGACAAGUGCAACAGAGCGGCACUUUCUACGAGUACGGCGAUGCACUUGCUGGAGGGAGAAUCAGGGAAGGCGGGGGAUGA